UAUAGCAGACCCUCCAAUUCCUGGAGAUCCUUUGGACUGUAUUUCAUCUUUUCAAACAGAGGACUUGGUAUCCUUCUCCUGCAGGAUAUGAUUUUACCUUGUCACAGUUGAGUAAGCUCACUGUACUGUGGUAACUUAUCUUUCACAGGAGAGGGCACUGCAUCUGUGAGUCCUCACUUUUAUCAGCGGUGGCUUCCUGGUAUGCGUAAUGACUGUUUGCAGGCUAGGUCUGGGGGGGUUGGCUACUCUGCAGAGCAGUUCUGCUGACUGCAGUAGAGAGGAACUACCUCAGUGCGUCAGCACUCUGAAAUGAAUGAAGAAAAAAACGAAUCAAUCAGAGUGACUGCAGAGAGAGGGAGAGAAGACUCUACACACUUUCUAAUCCUGAUCUUUUGCGUAGCUGUCCUUACAUGCGCUAGUGGCCGGGAGCACUUGCUCCGUAAGAUGUGAAGUACCCCCCAACCCCCAGGUGCUAUAAAUCAAGAUGACCUUCCUUCUUUUUUUCCUCUUGGUCCUCUCCGAGAGCCGAGCUGACAGCUUUGAAGAGGCAUAUAGUGACCUGGAACACUACAGGACUAUAUACAUCUCAGAAAAUGGACCCAGACUCUCAGUUGACACAGCACAACCCAAAGUAAUCUCUCAACGUGGUGGCAAUGCCACACUGCAAUGCAAGUUCAACCAGGAUCCAUCAUCUCCCCCAAAUCCCAAACUGAGGAUUAAAUGGACUAAAUUGACUUCAGAUUAUCUGAAGGAAAUUGAUGUGUUUGUAGCUAUGGGUUUCCACAAAAAGAGCUAUGGUCGAUUCCAUGGCCGCGUACACCUGCAGGAUGCUGGCAAGAAUGAUGCUUCACUAGUUAUCACUGACAUCACUCUGGAGGAUUAUGGGAAAUACAAGUGUGAAAUCAUUGAUGGCUUGGAGGAUGAUACAGUAGUUGUCUCACUUGACCUGCAAGGCAUUGUUUUCCCAUAUUUUCCUCGACUGGGUCGUUACAACCUGAACUUCGCUGAUGCUGAGAAAGCUUGCCGAGACCAGGAUGCCAUUGUGGCAUCUUUUGACCAGCUGUAUGAUGCAUGGAGAGAUGGGUUGGAUUGGUGCAAUGCAGGGUGGCUCAGUGACGGAUCGGUGCAAUACCCCAUCACCAAACCCAGAGAACCAUGUGGAGGCAAAAACACCAUUCCUGGUGUGAGGAAUUAUGGGAUGCGUGACAAGCAAAAGGAAAGAUAUGAUGUCUUCUGUUUCACCUCUAACUACAAAGGACGUUUCUAUUAUUUGAUACACCCUUUCAAACUUACAUAUGACGAGGCAGUGCGGGCGUGUCAAAAGGACGGUGCUAAGAUCGCCAAAGUCGGGCAGAUGUACGCAGCGUGGAAGCUGCAGGGCUACGACCGCUGUGACGCAGGCUGGCUGGCGGACGGCAGUGUACGCUACCCAAUCUCAAGACCACGCAGACGCUGUAGUCCCACGGAGGCCGCUGUCCGCUUCUCUGGAUUCCCAGACAAGAAGCACAAACUCUACGGCGUCUACUGCUACAAGAGCGACAACUGAGUGUACCAACUGUAUGACUCACGAACUAAGCGUAAUAAUGUAAGGAGUUAGAUUGAGUGCAUUAAAACUGUGACAAAGUCUCUAGAUACUGUAAUACAGAAGGAUUUGAAUAUAAAAUAAGUGAUUGGCAUUUGUUUGAAGCAAAGAUUCUGUAGGAUUAGGCACCUCAGGCGCCCUCUUCCUUCAAAAUCAGGACUUCACUACAAGACGGCAACAGGACAGGAAUAGUAUUCAUUGGGUGCCGCGGAAAUUAUAGCUUCUGGUUCCAGGUCUGAAUGAUCUUAUACAGCAGUGCUGAAGGAAGAGAUAUUUGGUGAGAUUGCAGAAGAAAUUCGCUCUGUGCUCUUCCAUUUAGCAUGCAGUAGCUUGAGGGAUGUUCUAGAACACAAUGACAGCAAAGCUUAAAUACUUUGAACUGAUACCUUUGGGCACUUAGUUUAUCAUUCAAGAACAUCAUAUCCCAUAUAAAUAGCAUGUGAAAAAUAUAUUUUCUGUUAACAGGUAAACAAAUUCAACGAAAGUGCUAAACACCAUACAGUACAGCCAUGGCACAAUGAACAAUUUUUUCUUUUGCCAUCCUUACAGGGUGCUAUAUUGUAUUAUUUUCUAAAAGCAUACCUUUUUAAAUUUAGUUUUAUGUGUGGACCAAACCAUGUUGAGUCAUAAGUCGCAUUGUUAAGAAACAAAAUAUUGUUCUGUGAUUUUUUUAACUAUUGAAAUAUACAAGUAGAGUGUUUAUAAAUGUAUGUUAAUUAUCUUUUUCUUGAAACUAUGUGUUUAUACAAUGCCUCCCCUACAACGCAAUGUAAGAAAUUAAGAGCUCCACUGUAUUGACCUCAUCACUGUCAAAAGUUAUUUUGUGUUCAGGAUGGUGAAGAAAUCUUUGGUUCAUUCCACAGACAUAAUAACAAAACCAUUGUGUUUCAAAAGUAUAUCAUGGUUUGUUUUCUAGAACUUGUUUUUAGUAUUUCUGAUCAAUUCAUGAAACCACAGAAAUCAGCCAAAUCAGUAGUUUUAGUCUAUGCAUGUUACUGUUUACGAAUAGCAAGACUGAAGUGGUUAAAAAGACAACAGUGCUAGUGAUCACUUUGUGUUACUUAGUAAAAGAAAAACAGCACAAUGAACUUAAUUUUCUAUUGUUGAAAAAAAAGAUGAUGCAAAAAAUAAUGGCACAACAAAGAAGUGUAUAGUUAGCAUGCUGCAUUCAGUCGUUAUUAGUCUAUGAAGCAGUAGACCUUCAGAAGAACAUGUCAAAGCCAUGGCAUUUGGAAAUAAACCAUUAAAACAGACUGCCAAGCUAAGACAAAAACAACUUGAUGUUUUAUUCUUACUAUUAUUACCAUUAGGCUCAACACAGCCGACUUAGAACUCAAGGUUAUGCGUUUCAGCCACCACUAAAUGACCAGCUCCACUG